AUGAACGGCCAUUUCUCUGCCGUCGGCCAAGCGCCGGUGGAUGGAAGCUAUGAGCAUGGCGUUCAGGUCAUUGACGAGGAUAAGGAGUUCAACACCCAUAUCAGCGAGUAUCUCCACGCAACCAAUGUUGCCGAUUCGGGCUUCAAUUACCACCUCAUCUCCGUCUUCGGCUCUCAGUCAACCGGAAAGUCCACCCUGCUCAACAACCUCUUCGGCACCGAGUUCUCUGUCAUGUCGGAAACCGAGCGUCGCCAAACCACAAAGGGUAUCUGGAUGUCCAAGAACAAGCGAGAGACGAGUGCAGGCACCAAGAUGUCCGACAACAUCCUCGUCAUGGACGUUGAGGGUACCGAUGGUCGAGAGCGCGGUGAGGACCAGGAUUUCGAGCGCAAGAGUGCUCUCUUUGCGCUGGCCACCAGCGAGGUCCUGAUUGUCAAUAUCUGGGAACAUCAAGUUGGUCUGUAUCAGGGUGCCAACAUGGGUCUUCUCAAGACUGUUUUCGAGGUCAACCUGCAGCUCUUCCUCAAGGACAAGCAGUCGACCCCUAGGUCUCUACUUUUCUUCGUUAUCCGCGAUCACCUCGGCACCACCCCCCUGGGCAACCUCCGAACGACCCUGAUUCAAGAUCUGACUAAGAUAUGGUCAUCCAUCUCCAAGCCUCAGGGGCUUGAGGGCUCCCGAAUCGAGGACUACUUCGAUUUUGGCUUCGCUGCCCUACCGCACAAGAUCCUGCAGGCUGAUAAGUUCACCGAGGAAGUUCAGAAGCUGGGAUCUCGGUUCACAGCUGGCCACAGGCACGGAAAGCCUGGCCUGCACGGCGACCAAGAGCUCGAGGGAGGUCUUUUCCUUUCCGAGUACCACCGACGAAUUCCCGCCGAUGGCUUCUCCAUUUAUGCUGAGGGCAUCUGGGACCAGAUCGUGAAUAACAAGGAUCUGGAUCUGCCCACUCAGCAGGAGCUUUUGGCUCAGUUCCGUUGCGACGAGAUCUCUCGAGAGGUUCUGAUCGACUUUGAUGUUGUUGUUACACCUCUGGAGGAGAAGCAGAGCGAGGCAUCCAAACUUGGAAUUCCGACUGUUCUGCCUGAUCUUGGUUUAGCAGGAAACGACGCUCGCCAGAAGUGUAUCAAAGCUUUCGAGGUGCAAGCCAGCCGAUACCACAAGGGUGUUUACGCUCGUAAGCGACACGAGCUUGAAGGCAAGAUUGAUACUCGCCUCAAGUCUCUCUACCAGGGCCAGUUGGCUGCUGCUCAUAAGGCUGGUGUUUCCGCUUUCGGUGAGGCUGUUGCAAACAAGGUCAAGGCCGGACAAAAAGCCGGUGGUGGUUACGAAUUUGCUGAGAUUGUUGCCAACGAGAAGCGAAAGACGCUGGAUAUCUUUGGUGUCGAGGCUGAGAGUUUGCUCAUCGAGGGCGUUGCCUGGACUAACUUUGAUUCGCAACUCAGGCUGUUCGAGAAGGAGCUCGAUGACGAGAGUGCUAAACUGAGAAAAGAGGAGAUGCGACGACUUGCGACCCGUGUCGAGCGCUGGGUUAGGUCUCGUCUUGGUGAUGCAAUUGGCCUUGAGUUCAACAAGUUGGGCAGUGGCCGAGGUGGUGGUGGUGCUCCGGAUUCCGACGACAAGCCCGAGACUGAGAAGGAUCUCUGGGACAGAGUCUGGAAGGUCUUUACAGGCAUUGUCAAGGAAGCCGAGGUUCGAUUUGCUGAGCGCGCCAAGAGCUUUGAUGCUACCAGCGAGGAGGUUGAGAUUGGCACAUGGCGACUGCGCCGGAAGAGCUGGACUGCCCUCCGGGAAAAGAUCGAGGAAGAGGUUAUGGAGGGCAACAUUCUGCUGAAGCUCCGAGAGAACUUCGAAGAUAAGUUCCGAUACGACGAGGCUGGUGUGCCGCGCAUAUGGCGCCCUAGCGAUGAUAUUGAGGGUAUUUACACCAAGGCGCGAGAGUCCACCCUCACACUUGUUCCCCUUCUGUCAAGGUUCCGACUUUCAGAGACAUAUGGCCCUCCGGACCUGCCAGGUUUCGUUGGACCUCAGCCUAGUGGUGUCCAGAGUGGCGACGAGGAAGACCUGACACCCAUUGGAGGUAUCGAUGAGGAAGACGGCAAGAGUCUUGAGGAGGAGAUGACGGUGCUCAGCGAGGGCAAGCGCCAGGAUCUCGUUGUGCGAUUCAAGAAGACUGCUGAUGGAGUAUAUGUUGAGGCUAAGCGUGGAGCCAUUGGCGGAGUUGCCCAGGUUCCGUGGUACUUUUAUGGUUUGCUACUCGCCCUUGGCUGGAAUGAGAUUUUGACUGUUCUGCGAAACCCGUUCCUCUGCCUUCUUAUCCUGGUUAUUGCCGGAGGUACAUAUGUGGCAUACACGCUCAACCUUCUUGGCCCAAUGCUCUCAAUGGGUAACGCUGCCAUGACCCAGGGUGUCGAGAUCGCCAAGCAGCAGCUUCGCGACUUCAUUGCAAACUCGGAGACUGCGCGACAGGCGGUUGGCAUGCCUGCGCGUGAGGACAGCGACAAUAUCAGCAUGGACACCCUGGAUAGCAGGGGGAAGAGGGCCAACACAUCUGCUGAGAAGGACGACAUUGAUGACAUUUAA